CCGGACUUCAUUGUGUGCGGAACCAACCGCACUUGUGGAAAAAAAGGUUCUCUAACAGGUUCCUGAGAUUUCCUUCAACCAGAAAGGGGGCUUUGCAGCACAUUCGAGGAUGUUAUCCCCCAGAUGGUGACUUCUACAGGAGUUCCAGUGAGAGGAUGUUACGAGAGGAACACCGCUCAGGCUGACAUGGUUUCCUAUCUUCUCACACUCCUCCAUCUCUGCACCUCCCGCUGUCUUCUAAUGGUUUGAUGGAGAGCUGGUCGAAUGUCAGCGGGAACUAUCGUUAUAUCCGGAGGAAUUCUCGCCGGAGUGAUACUGCUGUGCAUCGUAGCAGUGCUCUGUUACUGUAGACUCCAGUAUUACUGCUGUAAGAAGAAUGGUUCUGAGGUGGACGUGGGCUCUGUGGUGGGAGCGGACCCUCUCUCUCAUUUCCCCUGCAAUGCCUGCAACGCCCUCGCCAUGGACGGGGCCGCCAUCACCCCGGUGUCUCUGGAUCAGCUGGAGACGGGAACUCACCACAACCACUGCCCCACCUGUUCCCCCUACACCCUGCGCUCUGGACUCUCUAACAGCCUGCGUAACGGCGGGGAGCGUCUGGGCUUCCACACGUACUACGAGAACCCGUCUGUUUCUCUGCCGCUGACCGCCCACCCACAGGGCUCCUCGCCUGUGAGCUACUACAGUCCCACGGACGAGUUUCCUCCCCCCCCACCACCUCCACGCUCCUACAGCACCGAUGUCUGACCUCUGCUGCUUCAUAAACGUACACUCACAUAGAAAACCUUUCUCGGAUGGAUUGUGGAGGGUUUUGAUGCAGCACAAUGACAAACAUUACUUCACAUGCUCACUUCUGCCACAUAUUUCAUCCAUGGAGGUGACCCAUAAACUGAGUCCACUGACAGAGAGGUAAAACGCCCAUGGGGAGUUUCAGUAAGCAGUAUAAACCAGAGAUAAGUCAGCAGGGAAGUGGUACAUUACUCUAGUAAAACCUCAUUUUGUUUCACACAAGGCCAAAUCACACGCGUUAAUAAAAUGUCAAUUUAAGUGUAAAGGUACAUGGAUUGAUGCGUCAUUUAAGACACUUUUUAAGCUGGUCAGGGACAUGUGUGACCAUGCAUAGAGUUUAGUGGGAACACACAAUGGGCCCCACAGGCAAGUCAAUGUUCAUAUGUAGGUGCUAUGGAUCCCCUAAGCCAUGUUACUGACUUAUGGUUACAAUUUUAACAUUUCAAAAUUGCACACU